CCUGCCAUCGCUAGCAAAAAGAACCAUUUUAUUUAAAGCAGCAGAAACAACAAGUUUUUAUAGGAUCCAGCACAAAAGAUAGUUAGCCCGAGACGAAAACAAAGCCCCCGAACACCAAACAUAAUGAGUGCAAAAGUAUUAUUCGCCUGCUCCAAGUGUUUCUCGCGCCAUCCGUACGAGGAGCUCUCCUCCGGCCAACAACUAUGCAAGGGCUGCCGUGGUUCUACCUCAGUUGGUAAAUGUACUUACUGCCGCUCGGAGUUUCAACCCGCCACCAAAUCACAGAGUGCCUGCAAGAAGUGCGAACAUUAUCUGGGGAAGUACGGAAAGCCCAGUGCCUGCGAGUGCUGCAAGAUUGUGGCCGCCUUCGGGGGAUCCAAAUGCAUGCGAUGCGCCAGCUACGAGGCAAAGUACGGACCGCCGGUGCAGUGCGAUGAAUGCAAGCUGCGAUCAGCCUUUGACAGGCGCGACGAGAACAAAAAGGUCAAUGGCAAACUCCUUUGCUGGCUGUGUACCUGCGCCUACAAGCGAGCUCUGCUCAAGGCCCAGCAGGAGGGCCGAAUACCCAUGUCCAAGAAAAGGCCGCACGAGAAGACGUCGUCCUCGCACAGAGACAACAGCGCCGCGGCCAAGAAGCCGUCGCGCAACGAACUGGGCAAGAGCAGCAGCGGUGCCAAUAGCUCCGGCGUGAAUGCGGUCAGCGGAGCCGGUCUGGAUCUGCCCGACAAGAUAUCGCGCGGAAAUGGAGGGAACGGGACCAUUGCAGCGCCCGCUGCCAUCACCGUGGACACCAAUUCCUCGGACCAUGUGGUGGCCAUCACAUACCUAAAGGAGCGCAUCGCCAGUUUGGAGAAGCGCCUGAAUCAAAAAGACAAAGAGCUGCUCGAGAAGGACAAGCAGCUGACCGAACUGAAGGGCAAAAACUUCGAGAAGGAGAAUGACAUGCGCAACCGACUGAAGGAGGUGGAGCGACUGCACGACAUGAAGGUGGACAACUUGAACCGCAAGAUUGCCAGCGUGCUCAAGGAGCUGGCCGUGCUCAAGAAGAGCAGCAACAAGAAGACGGCAGCCCUCAACAAGGCCGAAAAGGAGGCCAUCAAGCGGGAGAACCUCUCGCCCAAGGAGGAGAUCCUGACAGCGGCAGUGCCGGAGAAGCAGAUCAAGCCGGAGCCGGCCGAUCUGGACAAGGACGAGAAGAGUCGCGACCGCGAGGAGGAGCGCAGUGAGCAGGAGGAUCGGGCCAGUGUACGUUCGCGUUCGGGCUCCAGCAGCCCCACGCCCUCGUCCAACUGAGAGGCAACGACUUCCAGCUGCAUGAGCGGCAGACCAGGAUUCAGGAUCCACAGAGUCUGGAUGCCGUGCUCUUUUAGUUUUUCGCUAUACAAAUUUAUAUUUUUGUACUUCUGCUUUAAUUGUAAUAUAGGUUUUACAAGAUUGUUUCAUAUCGCCCCCUUUAUGUCGCUCAUCCCUGCCGCGCGAGCCCUGUCCCUUCUCCCACCCUCCAAGAAAUGUGACCCAAUCAUCAGUUAGAAAAUGUAAUUUGAUAGGCUCAACUUAACGAAUUCUUCUUUAGUUUAAUUCAUGAUGAAACAACACAAAACCGAAGCAUUGUUUACAUCUUAAGAAAUAUACAAGUUGGGAAAGAACCAAGUGGUA